AUCUUAAAUGGGGAUUUUAGGUUAUCAGGUCAGGGCCGAUUGUGCAUGGAAUGGCCGCGUCUCCACACGCUAUACUUUCACUUUAAGUUAGUUGUGAGUGAAAAUGAUUCAACCAACUCUGCGGUUUGUCCCGCUGGACCGCAAUGCCACAGCUACUAACUGCGAAGUUCAAGUUGAUUCCCAGGACAGACACACCGGUCAGCUGAUCUCCCCCUGCUUUUCCACAAUGAUCUCCGACGUGGACCUGGAGCAGCUGGCUGAAAUAGAACUGAGGAAGGACGAGGAGGAGCAGGAGGUGCAAGGCGACCUCCCCGCUGAUGUCCUCAGGAGGAGCUCCUGUGUGGACACCUCACACCCCUACUACGAUGUGGCCCGCCACGGCAUCCUCCAGGUCGCCGGGGAAGACAAGUACGGCAGGAAACUGAUCAUUUUCAGCUGCUGCUGCAUGCCCCCGUCGCACCAGCUCAACCACCACAGACUGCUGGAGUAUCUGAAGUACACGCUGGACCAGUACGUGGAGUGCGACUACAGCGUGGUCUACUUCCACUACGGCCUGCGCAGCUCCAACAAGCCGUCGCUCAGCUGGCUGCGUCAAGCCUACAACGAGUUCGACCGCAAGUACAAGAAGAAUCUGAAAGCUCUCUACGUGGUCCAUCCAACCAACUACAUCAGAGUCCUCGGGAACCUGUUCAGUCCCCUGAUAAGUCAUAAGUUUGGGAAGAAGGUGACGUACGUGAACUAUCUGUCAGAACUGAGGGAACACCUGAACUACGAGCAGCUGAGCAUCCCCCCAGAGGUCCUGCGACACGAGAGGCUAAGAGUGGCAAAGAAGGGGGCGCCGGCCAGAGUCCCGCCCCCUCGCCCCCCCCUCCCCUCCCAGCAGUUCGGAGUCAGCCUGCAGUACAUUCGUGAAAGAAACAAGGGCGCGCUGAUACCCCCGGUCAUGUCCGAGACCGUGUCCUACCUGAAGGGGAAAGGGCUCCGCACCGAGGGAAUCUUCCGGAGAUCAGCCCGCGUGCAGCUGAUCAAAGACAUCAAGAAGCUCUACAACCUGGGAAAGCCGGUGGACUUCGAUCAGUACGCCGACGUCCACGUCCCCGCCGUCAUCCUGAAGAGCUUCCUGAGGGAGCUGCCCGAGCCCCUGCUCACCUUCGCGCUGUACGAGCAGGUGCAGGACAUCGUGCAGGUGGAGAGCAGUCUGAGAGUGACGGUGGUCAAGCAGGUGAUCGAGGGCCUCCCGGAGCACAACUACACCGUGCUGAAGUACCUGGUCUGCUUCCUGCACAUGGUGGCGCAGGAGAGCAUCAUGAACAAGAUGAGUCCGUCCAACCUGGCCUGCGUCUUCGCGGUCAACCUGAUCUGGCCUCCGCACGACUCCGUGUCCCUCCGGGCGCUCACCCCCCUCAACAUAUUCACCGAAAUCCUGGUGGAGCACUACCGCACCGUGUUCGGGUCCCGCUCCGCACCCGGGGAACUCCUGCCCUGAGGAGGCCGGCCUGCUGACGGAGUUCUCCGGCCCCCGGCCCCUCCGGCCCAGGCCUCCGCCCGGACCUCACACUACAGCUGCAGCGACAAACUCCUGGCCGCCCGUCAGACUGAGAUCAGAGAAUGUGAACAUUUUUACAGGAAAUGACGCUUUGGCUAUGCCACCUUGUUAAAAUUGAAAUGGCAUAGACUGACGGUGAAAGAUAGCGAUAAAUUGUGUUGUUAACGUGCCAACGUUCAGCAACGUAGGAGGAGUAACGGAAUAACCUCAGCCACAUUAGCCUAAAGCGUAGCACACUGCGUCAACUGUCCGACUUCCUGGACCCCCAAGACAGCGGGAAAAAGGUCUUGGGGGAUAUUCAUAAGCCGACCCGGGAGCCGAGAUACACACAGCUUCAUCUAAGGUAACGUUGCACUGACAUCGCUGGACUUGCUAGCCUGGUUAACAUGCAUAUUCGAUUGCACUUGGUUAUAAUGUGUUGCCAAAUAAUUACGCUCACUUCCUUUGCUUUGCCUCGAUGUUACUAGUUACCAAUUGAAUGCCCUGUUGAAUGCCCUUAAAGCAGUGGUCUUCAGCCCUGGUCCUGGAGAGCUACAGGGUCUGCUGGUCUGAGACCCUGUGGCUCUCCAGGACCAGGGUUGGAGACCACUGCCUUAAAGAAAAAUGUAAGAAAAUUAUUUUUUUUUAAAUUAAAUUUAAAUUAAAUUUAAAUGGAGGGUGGGACCUAGAUGAAUUCUCAAAUUUACUUACAAAAGGAAAAAAUGAAUUUAAAUCUAAAUUACAGGAAAUAAAUAUAUAUAUAUAUUUUUUUUAAAUAAUAAAAAAUAUUUUAAAAAUAUUUUAAAAAACAAAUAAUUAAAAAAAUAUUUUAAAAGCACUAGAGGGUGGGACCUAGGCAAAUUCCAUUUGGUGUCGUGUGUGCAUGACGUGUGUUCUUGUCACCUGGCCACUGCAGUAACCUGACUGGGUCGCGCAAUGUAUGUAUGUAAUGUAUGUGAGCACUAAACUCAACAGAGGGACUGGGGGAGCUUGAGAGAGUGAUCUAUUUCAGUGUUCUUACAGCAUCCAACUGAUGUUAUUGUUAUAAGCAAUGCUGAUUUAACCCACCGACUGAGAAUUCCACAUAAAAUUGGCCAGUCCUGUCAGACAAAGUACACUUUACAUGUGACCAGCUUAAACCCCUUGAUAUGUUUUUGAAUAAAUGGAUUUUGUUCAUAUUCUUGGUAUGAAGUGUUUGGUUUAUACCGUGGGCUAACCUCUGAUAUACUCACGGGGGAAAAAAGAAAAAUUACUUUCCAUUCCAUUAUUUAUUAUUGGCAACAGUUUAUUUUUAUUUGUAAAUGAGACAAUAUGUUCUGUAUUUUAAGCAGAGUGUCUGUGAUUUUAAAUGGGAUAAUAAAUUAAUUUGUACACUAAUACA